UUACACAGAGAUAGAGAUGCAGAUCACAGAUCGGAUUAAUCUGUAAAAAAUAAAAAAACCAGACAGGCUCCCUAGCCUGUUCCUCGCAAUCUGAAUCUCGAAACUCUAUUAUUGGCGUUGAGUUUCCUUAUCCUUGGAGGUUGUUGGAAUUGAAUUGGAUCAUUGUUAAAAUCGCAUUUGCAUUUUGCAGCAGCAGCGUUAGCAUUAGCAUUGCGUUUGGAAAUGGGGUCUUCACAGUCCGUAGAAUUGGCCUCGGAGGACGAGGAGGAGGAGGAGGAUGAUGACGAAGAAGGAGAAAGGCAAGGAGCGGAAGAGGUUGAUGGGCACAACUCGGAGGAGAGGCGAGCAUCGGUGGGUGAUGGAUCGAAGAAGGUCCUCCAACAAGAGCCAGAGAUGCUGCCUUGCCAUGCCUCCGCAUCUCCUCUCUCCCCACAGCCAUCCGCUUUGGGCACCCCACGCCUAGGCCCCUCCAUCAAAGUCUGGGACCCUUUCAAUGUUCUCGCUCCGGCACCGGCUCCGGCUCCGGCUCCAGCUCUGUCUCCUCCCUCUUAUUUCCCUCGCUCCUUCUCGGACGAGGAGAGGUUAGUGACGGAGCUGAUCUUGAUCAGCAACGGCGAGUGCCACAUGAAUUUGAGGCCAGAUUUGAUCGCUGGGCGAUGCCCUGACGCCGCCCUCACCCCUAAUGGCAAGCGCCAAGCCAGAGCUUUGGCCAUUUUCCUCAAAUCGCAGGGCGUUCGCUUCGCUGCAGUAUAUACCUCGCCCCUCGAUCGUGCGCGUGCAACUGCGCUUUCUGUAUGUCAGGAACUGAACUUUUCAGAGGAGCAGAUACAAUCUUCAGAUGCGCUCGUAGAAAUGAGUCAUGGACACUGGGAAGGAUGCCAUCGAUCUGAAAUAUUUACAUCUGAAACAAUUAGCUUAAUGGAAAGGUUCCAGCCCGAUUUUUCUGCACCAUCAGGAGAAUCAUUAAGGCAGGUGGAGUUUAGGAUGGUGCAGUUCCUAAAUGGGACUGUUAUGACAUUGCCUGAAAAAUUCAGAUCUGAUUUCUCCCCACCAGAUCGAAUUGAUGGCCAAGAUUUCUCAAAUCGUGGUUCUCAUUCUCUUACAAAUGCAGUUCAUGACCGUUAUGGGCCUUCUUUUUCAUCACCCCAGUUGGAUUUGGUUCACAGGCAUCGACAAGGAAAUACAAAAAAGAAGUCUGGCAAAAGUAGGCUGCAGAUGGUGGCUUCAACUGGAGAUCAGGCUGAUGAUGAGAUGUCUCCUCGAGUGCAAGCCAACCCCGUCGCGGUUCGUGACAUAAAUACCAAAAGCACAUAUUCUAGUGUUUCUUCUUCUUCUUCCUCUUCUUCAUCUUCUACGUGUGUGGGCAUCUUCACCCAUGCAAUCCCAAUUAAGUGUGUUGUUACCGGGCUUCUUGGAUGCAGUGCAGUAAUGUCAAGUAAGAUCUGUGUAGACGAUUCUUCAGUAACCGUGUUACAACAUUCAGGGAAAACAGGAUGGCAAAUAAAGAGAAUGAAUGAUACAUCGCAUCUUAGGCUUCUAUAGUAAAUUAUUACUAGUGGAUAAGAUUGUUGCCAGAGGAACUCGUCAGCCAGAAAAAUAAACUUGGGGUUGCUUUUGGUUGAGAUCUGAGAACCACUAUAGCAGAGUGAUUGAAUGUACAUUCCACGGCUCCUCCACAUUUCAAGUUGGGAAAUUACCUUUUGGUUCUUGAAACCUUUGCCAUAUUUAUUUAAGGUUGCAACAGUCUUGAAAAAGAAACACUGAAUUGGUGGUAGAGUUGUAAUCAUGGUUUUGGUGAUUGUCUUGUUUUGUAACUUUAACAAUUGUUGUUAAAUGUGAUACGGAGUAAUACAUGAUAUAUACUCAGGUCUACAUCUACUGCUGGAAGAAGAAGAAGGGAGGUAUGACUCGUUAUCAAAUUACAUUGAACUCCAACCUAUUUGAGUUGAUUAAUAAAGAGUACUAUAUAAUUUUUCGAGAUUCA